AUGCUCAACAGCUCACUACGAGGUCUGGCCGUAGCCAACCAUUUCAUGGCCUGGCUAUCUGCCGUCAUUGUCACGGGAAUAGUGUCCUGGUUCAUCAGUCGCUUCUCUACCAGCUCAAAUAGCACGCAUAUUAUUUACCAGGAAGUCAUUGCGACGAUAACACUGGCUUUGUGGACAAUUGGGAUGCUGUUGCCUCUUGUUGGGGCAUACAGGGGCCAUCUUUGGCCUGUCAACUUGGCCUUUUCCUACCUCUGGCUCACGUCGUUUAUUUUCUCGGCGCAGGACUGGGCGAAUGGUAGAUGCCACGUUGUCGGCCCAGGCUACGGUAGAUGCAACUUGAAACGGACCGUUGCAGCGUUCAACUUUCUCGCGUUUUUCUUCCUGCUUUGCAACACAAUUGUUGAAGGUCUCAUUUUCCGCAGUCACCGGAACGACGUCACGUCGAGGGGUGGUUUGGCUAAGAAUGACCGGCCCAGCUCCUCCACCGGCGCUGGCGCUGGUCAACACGGCACCGUUGUGUGA